GAAGUGGAAUAUGUGAAACAAGAAGCCAAAGUUGUUUAUUUAUUGGAAUGUUUAAACAAAACGUCUCCUCCAGUGAGUAUACUAUUGAAGAGUUUGUGUGGAUGAAAAUUCUGUGCGAAAACUGUAUGGGUAUGAGAUCGCUCCGUAUAGGCAACUCUUUGACAAAAGACUGGUUAUUUAUUAUUUAUUACAACUGGUUACGAAUUUAAAUUGUUUCUGACUGAGCUUUGAAGAGAAUGGUUCCCCAGAUGAUAGGAGGAUUCGGGGAUCACUUGGCUGUACACUCCGGUAAAAAUAGUAAAUUCGUCCAAAUUUCAAAGCAAAGAUGAGAGCUUUUUGCCACAGAGUUGCCUGCGGAGGAUACUAAAGCUUUACUAACAUUCUUGCUAUUAUGCUUAGGUGUUAGUGUUUGCCUCAAAAAAAUCUGAUGUUGACGACAUUCAUGAGUACUUGUUGUUAAAAGGUGUGGAGGCAGUUGCAAUUCACGGUGAUAAAGGUAAAUUGUCCACUUGAUAUGUAAUUCAAAACAUACUGUACUUCCGAACAGCUUGUUUAUAAAUUUGGAAAUAUUUCUUCCGAAAUAUUGUCAGGUCAGUAGAAGUUUCUUCUCUGACGUUUUGAAAUAGAUAAACUAAAACAUCAUGUUAAACUUAACCGAGGGUUAGCGCUCAUCCCAGCAAUUUCAACAAAAAUACAUGAUUUACGGUUAUACAGGCAAUACAAAUAACAUACAUUCACAGAGCAAAUUGGAGGAAAGUUAGGCAGUAAAAAUAUAAAGAAUUUCUCUUUGUGUCAUCAUAUCAUAUAUGAUGUAUCAUAUAUCAUGUACAUGUUUCUGCAUCUAUCAUAUAUCACAUAUCAUGUAUCAUGCAUCAUAUCAUAUUUCAUAUAUCAUAUAGCAUAUAGCAUAUAUCAUAUUUCAUAUAUCAUAUGUUAUAUAUCAUAUUUCAUAUAUCAUAUAUCAUGGAUCAUGUAUCUGCAUGUAUCAUAUAUCAUGUGUUAUGUGUCACAAGUCACGUAUCAUGUAUCACGUGUCAUAUAUCAUAUUAUAUUAUAUUAUACCUCACAAUGAGCUUGUCCAAUCAGAGAACUAAAUUUGUACCACAUGACCAUGGUAUUUUUCAGCGAAUACUAAGACCUAGGCAAUUUGAACCCUGGGUGUUUUACCCGGGGCCAUGGUAUUCGACUUCGAAUACCACGCUUGAGCGGGAAAUUCGACUUUUUUAAAUGUAAAGUUAUCAAAAGUUGUGUUUUGAAAUUAAAAGUUAAUUGAAUGAUAUUUGUUCUCUACUUAUUUUUGAAAGGUUCGGUAUAAUAUACCAUUUAUAGACCUUUCACUCGGGGUAUUCCACAAAAAAUUACCCUGCGGGAUGAAAUAUUCCUCGGGCUUCGCUCUCGGAAUAUUUCAUCCCUCAGGGUAAUUUUUUGUGGAAUACCCCUCGUUUCAGGUCUAUAACUGAUAAAUAUCAUAUCAUAUAUAUCAUAUAUUAUAUCAUAUAUCAUAUCAUAUAUCAUGUCAUAUCAUAUACUCUCAAUUCGCAACUCUCUUGUUAUUGUAUCUACCUGCACUGGUACAGAUCGUUUGAGAUUACAAAUAAAAUAACACAUGCGAGGUUUUACGUGUGGAUUAAAAAUGAGACUGAAAUACACAACGUACAAAAAUUCGUAGUAUUAAAGAGAUAUAUUGUAAUUAAAGCCGUAGUCCAUGUAUAUUUACACAUUACGUUAUUUACUCCUGAAGUUAUUAAAGUCUUUAGAGAAACCGUAAACCAUCAUUGACCCCCUUCCUGACACGUUUCACCCUAGCUAUUGGGGACGGUCAGGGUAAGAGUGUUAUUUGAGGGGAGGGGCGCGGGCAUAAUUGGGGGGAGGGGCUUGAUGGAGAAAUUACGGACCGAUAUCCACAAAGUUAGAGCAUUGAGACGCUGCCAGAAGCAUAGACUGUUUCUGGGAUUUCUCCUUCGGUUAUGUCGAUACUCGUGUCUUGUAGCUGACUGUCAGCGCUGUCGUCCGGCUUCUCUAGUGACUGUUGGUCUGGCUCUAUCUGGAUCGCUACUGAACCAGAAGAAGCACUUUCAUCAACGCUUUCAAAUGUUACAUGGAGCUCACGUCGUCCUUUGCGGGUCUUCUUUCCAAAGAUGCAAAGCCUGUGGUUUUGAAAUAAACAGGGUAGGCUUUAGUGAAGGUUGUGUAAUGGAAAUGGGGGGAAACGGAAACAAAUUGGCGAUUAAUGAAUAAAUUGUAACCAUGUGAGGAUGGAUGGAUGCAACAAAGAAUAUCUCACCUAACAACAGCAUAAAAAAUAGCUCGUAAAAUUACUGAGGCGAUGACGCCAACAACGACACCAGCUACAAAGGAUAGUUUCUCAAAAUCUUUGAAGAAUGUUUUGAAGAAAGUCUUGACUUUGAACCAUUGACCUGAAGUGAAAUCUAAAAGAAAUAAAUUGAAAAAUUAAAACAUUAAUAAUUGCCAUAACGACAUUUGAAUUGACGUAACUAAUCUAAUUGACCUAAUUCUAAUGAUCGAUUAAUUAACUUUCUGAUGAUGCAAACAAACAUUUUUGGACACUUCUGGAAGGAGAUACGAGUUCAGAUUUAGUUUUACAUCGUUUGCAUUGAUAAAGCCAUUGGAAAUUACGAAUUGAAUGCUCAGCUUAGACAAAUUCAGCGUGGUGUUUCCACAAAACGUAACAGAAUUUCUUGUCUAGUUGCUUACCGGCAAGGCACUGGUACCAGCGACAAUCUUGCACUGUGUUGUUCAAGAUUUUGUCAUUUUCCAAGGUCAAAGCUGUUGAAAAAAAUAUAGUUAUUUUCGGCACUGAACAUGUCUUACUCGAUUUUCUGAGUUGUAAAAUUUCUGAUUUAAUUUUGUGAACAUUGUGCAAACGCAAUCAAUUAAUUAGCAGUUAAUUAUUUACGGCUUUAUUUAUGCACGCAUCUGAAAUCUUACCUCGGAAUUGGCAAUUUUUUCCAGCGUAGCCCUGGCUACAGAUGCAUAACACACCCUCAGGCGUGGCAACAGGCAAUGCGUUCUCUGGGCAAACUUUCUCUGCGAUACAUGUAUCGAUAUUCACGAAAAACGCAAUUAAAACAACGAGUAAAAACUCGCGGGACUUCAUUGUUCUAAGAACCAAUUAAGUCUGAUUUAAUUAGUGACGACGUCGUAAUUAAGUAUCUCUCGCCCCGGUCCACUUUCACGGGAUAACGUCAUUAUUUUCCCGUCAACUUAAGCCUUGGGCGAACUAGCAAACAUUGUCGCAAAAUUAAAACAUUUGAAAUUUUUUCCAAUAUUUCACAGUUUGCCAUUCUUUGGAAACUUUUUAAGCUGCGCAAAUAAAUUUUUCUUUCCACGAAGUAAAAAUCUUUCGAAACAAAUUCAGUUUGUGAACAUGGCAAGGAAACAAUAUUUUUGCCACAAUGUUUCCUCCCUUUUAUGACUUAACCUUGCUCGGACUUGAUGUGAUGAUAUCGUGUCAUAUAUUAUAUAUAUCAUCAUAUCAUAUCGUAUCCUAUCAUAUGCCAUAUAUCAUGUCAUAUGUCAUAUCAUGGUAUCAUGGUAUCAUGGUAUCAUCUAUGUAUCAUGGUAUCAUGGUAUCAUCUAUCAUGUAUUAUAUGAUAUAUCAUGUAUUAUAUAUCAUGUAACAUGUAUUAUAUGAUAUAUCAUGUAUCAUGUAUCAUGCAUCAUAUAUAUUCAUGUAUCAUGUAUCAUAUGAUAUCAAGAUCACGUUAUAUCAUAUCAUAUAUCAUGUCAUAUGUCAUAUCAUAUCAUAUAUCAUAUCAUAUACUCUCAAUUCGCGACUGUCUUCUUAUUGUAUCUACCUGCACUGGUACAGAUCGUUUGAGAUUACAAAUAAAAUAACACAUGCGAGUUUUUACGUGCGGAUUAAAAAUGAGACUGAAAUACACAACCUACAAAAAUUCUUAGUAUUAAAGAGAUAUAUUGUAAUUAAAGCCGUAGUCCAUAUAUAUUUACACAUUACGUUAUUUACUCCUGAAGUUAUUAAAGUCUUUAGAGAAACCGUAAACCAUCAUUGACCCCCUUCCUGACACGUUUCACCCUAGCUAUUGGGGACGGUCAGGGUAAGAGUGUUAUUUGAGGGGAAGGGCGCGGGCAUAAUUGGGGGGAGGAGCUUGAUGGAGGAAUUACGGACCGAUAUCCACAAAGUUAUAGCAUUGAGACGCUGCCAGAAGCAUAGACUGUUUCUGGGAUUUCUCCUUCGGUUAUGUCGAUACUCGUAUCUUGUAGCUGACUGUCAGCGCUGUCGUCCGGCUUCUCUAGUGACUGUUGGUCUGGCUCUAUCUGGAUCGCUACUGAACCAGAAGAAGCACUUUCAUCAACGCUUUCAAAUGUUACAUGGAGCUCACGUCGUCCUUUGCGGGUCUUCUUUCCAAAGAUGCAAAGCCUGUGGUUUUGAAAUAAACAGGGUAGGCUUUAGUAAAGGUUGUGUAAUGGAAAUGGGGGGAAACGGAAACAAAUUGGCGAUUAGUGAAUAAAUUGUAACCAUGUGAGGAUGGAUGGAUGAAACAAAGAAUAUCUCACCUAACAACAGCAUAAAAAAUAGCUCGUAAAAUUGCUGAGGCGAUGACGCCAACAACGACACCAGCUACAAAGGAUAGUUUCUCAAAAUCUUUGAAGAAUGUUCUGAAGAAAGUCUUGACUUUGAACCAUUGACCUGAACUGAAAUCUAAAAGAAAUAAAUUGCAAAAUUAAAACAUUAAUAAUUGCCAUAACGACAUUUGAAUUGACGUAACUAAUCUAAUUGACCUAAUUCUAAUUAUCGAUUAAUUAACUUUCUGAUGAUGCGAACAAAGAUUUUUGGACACUUCUGGAAGGAGAUACGAGUUCAGAUUUAGUUUUACAUCGUUUGCAUUGAUAAAGCCAUUGGAAAUUACGAAUUGAAUGCUCAGCUUAGACAAAUUCAGCGUGGUGUUUCCACAAAACGUAACAGAAUUUCUUGUCUAGUUGCUUACCGGCAAGGCACUGGUACCAGCGACAAUCUUGCACUGUGUUGUUCAAGAUUUUGUCAUCUUCCAAGGUCAAAGCUGUUGAAAAAAAUAUAGUUAUUUUCGGCACUGAACAUGUCUUACUAGAUUUUCUGAGUUGUAAAAUUUCUGAUUUAAUUUUGUGAACAUUGUGCAUACGCAAUCAAUUAAUUAGCAGUUAAUUAUUUGCGUCUUCAUUUAUGCACGCAUCUGAAAUCUUACCUCGGAAUUGGCAAUUUUUUCCAGCGUAGCCCUGGCUGCAGAUGCAUAACACACCCUCAGGCGUGGCAACAGGCAAUGCGUUCUCUGGGCAAACUUUCUCUGCGAUACAUGUAUCGAUAUUCACCAAAAACGCAAUUAGAACAACGAGUAAAAACUCGCGGGACUUCAUUGUUCUAAGAACCAAUUAAGUCUGAUUUAAUUAGUGACGACGUCGUAAUUAAGUAUCUCUCGCCCCGGUCCACUUUCACGGGAUAACGUCAUUAUUUUCCCGUCAACUUAAGCCUUGGGCGAACUAGCAAACAUUGUCGCAAAAUUAAAACAUUUGAAAUUUUUUCCAAUAUUUCACAGUUUGCCAUUCUUUGGAAACUUUUUAAGCUGCGCAAAUAAUUUUUCUUUCCACGAAUUAAAAAUCUUUCGAACCAAAUUCAGUUUGUGAACAUGACAAGGAAACAAUCUUUUUGCCACAAUGUGUUCUCCCUUUUAUGACCUCUGACUUGAUGUGAUGAUAUCGUAUCAUAUUAUCAUAUCGUAUCAUCACAUCAUCGUAUAUCAUCAUCAUAUCUUAUAUCGUAUCAUAUCAUGCCAUAUAUCAUAUCUCAUAUCAUCAUAUGUCAUGUAAUAUGUCAUGCCAUAUAUCAUCAUGUAUCAUAGCAUAGCAUAUAUCAUGUAUCAUAGCAUAGCAUGUAUCAUGUAUCACAUAUCAUGUAUCAUGUAUCAUGUUUCAUCACUUUCAUGUAUCAUAUCAUCAUCAUAUCAUAUAUCAUAUAUCAUAUCAUCAUAUAUUAUGUAUCAUGUAUCAUGUCAUAUAUCAUAUAUCUUAUAUAAUAUAUGAUAUAUCAUAUAUCAUAUAUCAUAUAUCAUGUAUCAUAUCAUGCCAUAUAUCAUAUCAUAUGUCAUGUAAUAUGUCAUGUCAUAUAUCAUCAUGUAUCAUAGCAUAGCAUAUAUCAUGUAUCACAUAUCAUAUAUCAUGUAUCAUGUAUCGUGUAUCCUAUAUCAUAUAUCAUAUAUGUAUCAUAUAUCCUAUAUCAUAUAUCAUGUAUCAUAUAUCAUAUCAUAUAAUAUCAUAUCAUAUCAUAUAUCAUAUCUUAUCAUAUCAUAUCAUAUACUCUCAAUUCGCGGCUGUCUUCUUAUUGUAUCUACCUGCACUGGUACAGAUCGUUUGAGAUUACAAAUAAAACAACACAUGCGAGUUUUUACGUGUGGAUUAAAAAUGAGACUGAAAUACACAACGUACAAAAAUUCUUAGUAUUAAAGAGAUAUAUUGUAAUUAAAGCCGUAGUCCAUAUAUAUUUACACAUUACGUUAUUUACUCCUGAAGUUAUUAAAGUCUUUAGAGAAACCGUAAACCAUUAUUGACCCCCUUCCUGACACGUUUUACCCUAGCUAUUGGGGACGGUCAGGGUAAGAGUGUUAUUUGAGGGGAGGGGCGCGGGCAUAAUUGGGGGGAGGGGCUUGAUGGAGGAAUUACGGACCGAUAUCCACAAAGUUAGAGCAUUGAGACGCUGCCAGAAGCAUAGACUGUUUCUGGGAUUUCUCCUUCGGUUAUGUCGAUACUCGUAUCUUGUAGCUGACUGUCAGCGCUGUCGUCCGGCUUCUCUAGUGACUGUUGGUCUGGCUCUAUCUGGAUCGCUACUGAACCAGAAGAAGCACUUUCAUCAAUGCUUUCAAAGGUUACAUGGAGCUCGCGUCGUCCUUUGCGGGUCUUCUUUCCAAAGAUGCAAAGCCUGUGGUUUUGAAAUAAACAGGGUAGGCUUUAGUGAAAGUUGUGUAAUGGAAAUGGGGGGAAACGGAAACAAAUUGGCGAUUAGUGAAUAAAUUGUAACCGUGUGAAGAUGGAUGGAUGCAACAAAGAAUAUCUCACCUAACAACAGCAUAAAAAAUAGCUCGUAAAAUUGCUGAGGCGAUGACGCCAACAACGACACCAGCUACAAAGGAUAAUUUCUCAAAAUCUUUGAAGAAUGUUUUGAAGAAAGUCUUGACUUUGAACCAUUGACCUGAACUGAAAUCUAAAAGAAAUAAAUUGCAAAAUUAAAACAUUAAUAAUUGCCAUAACGACAUUUGAAUUGACGUAACUAAUCUAAUUGACCUAAUUCUAAUUAUCGAUUAAUUAACUUUCUGAUGAUGCGAACAAACAUUUUUGGACACUUCUGGAAGGAGAUACGAGUUCAGAUUUAGUUUUACAUCGUUUGCAUUGAUAAAGCCAUUGGAAAUUACGAAUUGAAUGCUCAGCUUGAACAAAUUCAGCGUGGUGUUUCCACAAAACGUAACAGAAUUUCUUGUCUAGUUGCUUACCGGCAAGGCACUGGUACCAGCGACAAUCUUGCACUGUGUUGUUCAAGAUUUUGUCAUUUUCCAGGGUCAAAGCUGUUGGAAAAAAAAUAUAGUUAUUUUCAGCACUGAACAUGUCUUACUCGAUUUUCUGAGUUGUAAAAUUUCUGAUUUAAUUUUGUGAACAUUGUGCAUAUGAAUCAAUUAAUUAGCAGUUAAUUAUUUGCGUCUUCAUUUAUGCACGCAUCUGAAAACUUACCUCGGAAUUGGCAAUUUUUUCCAGCGUAGCUCUGGCUGCAGAUGCAUAACACACCCUCAGGCGUGGCAACAGGCAAUGCGUUCUCUGGGCAAACUUUCUCUGCGAUACAUGUAUCGAUAUUCACCAAAAACGCAAUUAGAACAACGAGUAAAAACUCGCGGGACUUCAUUGUUCUAAGCAACAAUUAAGUCUGAUUUAAUUAGUGACGACGUCGUAAUUAAGUAUCUCUCGCCCCGGUCCACUUUCACGGGAUAACGUCAUUAUUUUCGCGUCAACUUAAGCUUUGGGCGAACUAGCAAACAUUGACGCGAAAUUAAAACAUUUGAAUUUUUUUUUCAAUAUUUCACAGUUUGCCUACUUUUGGAAACUUUUUAAGCUGCGGAAACAAAUUUUUAUUUCCACGAAGUAAAAAUGUUUCGAAACAAAUUCAGUUUGUGAACAUGACAAGGAAACAAUCUUUUUGCCAUAAUGUUUCCUCCCUUUUAUGACUAAGCGAAUCCAUUUUGGGAUUAGAUGACCUAUGAUAAUAAUAAUCUUUAUUUUAACAGGUUGACUCUUUCAGUUGAAAGCAGCUGUUAUAAAUAGAGGACCUGUGUGCAUAUAGAGCGUUUGCACUCAUUCCCCCUCAGGCAUCAGGGACUAUUAUAACUCAACAAAAGCCAUGGCGGCCAUGUUGGUGUUCUACGUCAUGUGGAAACACUCUAUAAUUUCUGCUUGAAAUUUCCAUGUACAAAAACUCUUGAAGUGUUAGUUCUGUCGAGUGCAUCAGAUGGCCAAAAAAGUCUUGAUUAAUCCUUUACCCUUUUCUUUUAGAUCAAGAAGAACGUGAGAGAUCUGUAUCUGCUUUUCGCGAAGGACGUAAAGAUGUCCUUGUGGCCACAGAUAUUGCUUCGAAAGGUCUUGACUUUCCAAAUAUUGUUCAUGUUAUUAACUACGAUAUGCCUGAAGAUAUUGAAAAUUACGGUAAGAAAUUGGAAGUUCAGCUCGAGCACUUGUCCCAUACCUACUUUUUAUCCUUGCCUUGCCUUACAGUCCUGUUCCUCCAACCGAAUGACAAUAAUCCAUAAUCUUCUAUGUUCUUCUUUGUUUUCUUCUUUGUUUUCAUCUUCUUUGUUUUCUUCUUUGUUUUUUUUGUUUAAAGUCUGCUAUGUUUUUUUCUUUGUUUUGUUUUUUGGGUGUUUUUUUUUCUUUAUAUGUUUUCUUCUUUGUUUUCUUUGUUUUUAGUCUUCUAUGUUUUUUCUUUGUUUUUGUUUUUUGGGUGUUUUUUUUUCUUCUAUGUUUUCUUCUUUGUUUUUAGUCUUCUAUGUUUUCAAAAACUCUUUGUUUUGUUUUUUGGGUGUUUUUUUUUUCUUUAUAUGUUUUCUUCUUUGUUUUCUUUGUUUUUAGUCUUCUAUGUUUUUUCUUUGUUUUUGUUUUUUGGGUGUUUUUUUUUCUUCUAUGUUUUCUUCUUUGUUUUUAGUCUUCUAUGUUUUCAAAAACUCUUUGUUUUGUUUUUUGGGUGUUUUUUUUUUCUUUAUAUGUUUUCUUCUUUGUUUUCUUUGUUUUUAGUCUUCUAUGUUUUUUCUUUGUUUUUGUUUUUUGGGUGUUUUUUUUUCUUCUAUGUUUUCUUCUUUGUUUUUAGUCUUCUAUGUUUUUAAAAACUCUUUGUUUUGUUUUUUGGGUGUUUUUUUUUCUUCUAUGUUUUCUUCUUUGUUUUUAGUCUUCUAUGUUUUUAAAAACUCUUUGUUUUGUUUUUUGGGUGUUUUUUUUCUUCUAUGUUUUCUUCUUUGUUUUCUUUGUUUUUAGUCUUCUGUCUUUUUUCUUUGUUUUGUUUUUUGGGUGUUUUUAGUCUUCUAUGUUUUUUUUCUUUGUUUUGUUUUUUGGGUGUUUUUUUCUUCUAUGUUUUUUCUUCGUUUUCAAUCUCCUAUAUUUUUUUCUUUGGUUUCUUCGUCUUUGUUUUCUUCUGUGAGCUAGGUACUUAAUUGUUCCACGAAGAUCCCCAUUACGGUAAAACGCCUGGGGCCGGUUAUUCAAAGGUGGAUUAGGAUUAGUGCUAACCCUGGGUUAAAAUUUAACCUGCUGUUUUAAUUUAUAUUUCUGUACGUCUGUUUAUUUCAAAACGUCAUAGAACUGAUAGAAGUAAACUCCUAUUGAGCCAGACAAGAUUUCUGAAGAAAUAUUUUCAAAUUUAUGGACAAGCUGUUGGGAAGUCUGCUCUGAAUUUUAGGUCAACCAAGGGUUCAGCUAAUCGACUUUAGCAAAACUGGCCCCAGUUAAACAAUGUAGUCGCAGACUUGCAUGUUAUACAGCCUUUUCAUAAAUGGCUGCCGAUUACAAAUUCUUUUAUGUGCAUAUAAAUUGGCCCAACUAGCCUCGCUUCUGGGUAGAAAUUCCUUUGAAAUCUUAACAUGAGUACGAGGCUAGUUGGGCCAAUUUAUAUGCAAAUAAAAGAAUUUUUAAUCGGCAGCCGUUUAUGAAAAGGGUGUAUGUAUUUUGUAGUUCACAGAAUAGGUCGUACUGGUCGUAGUGGGAAAACAGGAACAGCGACAACUUUCAUUAAUAAAUCUUGUGGUAAGUCAGUUCAUUUUGAGAGAAGAAUAAUGCCACACUGCAAAACAUGUUGACUCAAAAUCUUUUGUCUCAAAAUUUUGAGUAAAAUCACUCAAAUUUAUGAGCAAAUUUACGUGUAAACAAAAUAUUGUCGUUGAGUAAUUUUGAAAUUUGCUCAUUAAUUUUAGUAAUCUUACUUUCAAUCGUUGUGGGUUCAUUAUUUUACUGAGUCAAAAAUACAAAAUACUGGGGGAUUUUUCGCAGUGCAGGAUUUAGAUGGUUAACCCUUGCUUCAUAUGGGGUGGUGAACCAGAGUGAGAAAAUGUUGAUAUUCUUUCACUAUAUAUACUGCAGUAAUCUUCUAUUGGAUGGCAAAUUUAUUUCGCUUGCUUCUUCUAUACGUGUUCACAGUUUUGAGGUUGACUAACACUCCUGUUGCCCCACAACGCUUAUUGAAAUCCAGCAAUAGAGAUUGAAAAUGUUCAUAAAUGCUUCCCGUUUUCCGUCAGAUGAAUCCGUGUUGCUGGAUCUGAAACAUUUAUUGGCCGAAGCUAAACAGAAGAUUCCGUCAUUUUUGGCCGCAUUGGAACCAGAAAACGAAGAACUACUUAAUGUUGGUGGUGAGUAGCAACUUUAAUUUUUUUUACUGUUUGGGCUGGUUUAUACUCUGGGUUUUAGAUUAACCUAAUGGACGACUUGCGCUUUAGAAAAUUUUUUAAUCUGGGGAUAUAUAACAAAGGAUAUUUUCGGAAAGAAGUUAUCAAAAUUAGAAAAACUGCAAAGUUUGGUUGCGAAAUGUUGUAAAAUACGGAAAAUACAGUCCUGCGAAGUUGGCAAAUUUGUAUACGUUUCUAUUACGUGCGGAAAUUGGUAACUAAUUUAGUUACCAAUUCACGUAGUACGUAAUACAAAAGUAUACAAAUUUGCCAACUUUGAAGGGCUAUAUUUUCCGUAUUUUACAACAUUUCGCAAGCAAACUUUGUAAUACUACUAAUUCCAAGACGCUCUUUCGAGCUGUGGUGAUAGAUUUCGUUGUUCUUACUUAGAUUAAAAUUUAGUCUAAAGCGCAAGUCGUCCAUUUGGAGACACCCGUUAUGGUACAGCAGCCCAUCAAGCCCGGGCUACGCUCAUAAGAAGCCAGACCAUUCGGAACUGGACACAAACUCGUCAUGUAAUAUUUCAAAUCCGACUAUGAGGACUGGACUAGAUUUCAAGUCCAAGCCAUUUGAUAAAGCCUGGUUUCCAUUAAAUCGUAAUUAUCGCAAGAACCGCAUCGCAAGCGUCGCAACGAUUUUAAAAACGCGAAAAUUUUAAUAAAAACUGCGAUUUAUUGGAAACUUGAGUCACACCGAUCACUAAGACUCUUACGACAAAGUCGCAAAGAUUGUCUUAUUGCGAUUUUUGUGAUAGCGAUGUCUGCGUUCCGCGACUAUUGCGAUGAUUACGAUUUAAUGGAAACCAGGCUUAAAGUCCGAGGCGAAUGACAUCUCAUAUACGAAUAAAUCAUUACUUAAAGUGAGGUGAAUUAAUUUUGAUCCAGUCCUAGGACUGAAUCAAUAUACUUCACCAGGUAUCCAGUAUUAUCAUGUGAGCAAAAUAAAGAAAUAUGGUUGGCUAAUUUACAGUACUCAUGAAUUAAUAAUGAAUUUGAGAUUUAUUUUUCCACUGGCUCUCACUAGCUUUGUCGACGCUACACGUGUGAACGCAAGGCGUCCAAACUAAAGUAUAGUUCCGAAUUCAUUCUGUGAGGCUGAUACGAUUCAAAAUGCUUGCUCUUAUAGAAUCCUUAUUUCAAGUUUUCUGUUUUAGACGAACGUGGUUGUGCAUAUUGUGGCGGCCUGGGUCAUCGUAUCACUGACUGUCCGAAACUUGAAGCAAAACAGAUCAAGGAAACUGGAAAUAUCGGUCGAAAGGAUUAUUUAGCACCAGGGGCAGCUGAUUGGUAG